AUGGGGAUGGCGAAUAUGAAUCCGCCAGAAACUCGGAAUUCUCAAAACCCAUCAACUAGCAGCAUAAUGCCUCCUUCUUCUUCGAUGGUGGCAAAUACGGGUAUGACGCAUGCGUCCGAAAUAGUUUCGUCUACGCAAGUUCGACAUGAUGAUGUGGCAGCAGAUAAUAAUCUAGCAGCCAUAGUCGAGAGAAUUAUGGUUCAAAAUAAGGUAAAUUUUGCUCUCAGAAGACCAAAUUAUACAUCGCCUUUGGCAGAAUAUGUCUUACAGACAGAUGCGCCCCUAAGGGCCAAAAUCCCCAAAUUCACCAAGUUUGUUGGGGAUACUACUGAGUCUACUGUCGAACACGUGGCGAGAUAUCUAAUUGAAGUUGAAGAUAUGUCAAAUAACGAGAAUCUUCUAAUGAAAUUUUUUCCAAGUUCUCUUACCAAGAAUGCUUUUACAUGGUUCACAACUUUGCCCCAGAAUUCGAUCCAUUCAUGGAACCAGCUAGAAAGAAUGUUCCAUGAACAAUUCUACAUGGGGCAAACAAAGAUAAGUUUGAAAGAGUUGGCUAGUGUCAGACGAAAAUUCACUGAGCCAAUUGAUGACUAUCUAAAUAGAUUUCGACUACUCAAAGCAAGGUGUUUUAUGCAAGUUCCAGAACAUAAGUUGGUCGAAAUGGCCGAUGGGGGCCUUGAUUACUCAAUUAGAAAGAAGUUGAAAGAUCAUGAAGAUUCAGGCGUUGAAGUUCCAAACUUCGACGAUACUGAGAUCGAUCUUGCUGAGUUGACACAGGGGCCACCAUAUGCGUGUAAAGUUUUGGCCCCUUCAAACGGGAGAAACCCUGUCGAACCUGAAAAGAAUGACAGGUUUCCUAAGAAAACAUAUACUUUCGUCGUGACGAAAUGUGACAAAAUUUUUGACCUACUGGUUAAAGAUGGUCAAAUGAUAGUACCUCCGGGUGCUAAAAAUGCAAUCCAGGAGGGAAGACUCAAGUUCGGUGAUAAGCCACGGAGCCAGAUGAAAAUCGACUUUGAUCCUUUGCAAGUUACUGAAGCUCAUUAUAUUGAGCCAGAGGAGGUGAAUUUCAUUGAAGUUGAUGCUGAUUUCUAUAUGACCGAAGUUACUGAAGACUUCGUCCAUGAGCCUGUCAUGGUUAAAGUACAUGAGUACUUCGAGCAGACACCUCGUGAUGGUUUGGCCUUAAGGGGUACGGAAGACAUCGAGAAGGAAAAUGUUGAAGCCUCAGAUAUCGAGGAGGCUAGAAAUUAA